AAAAGAGCAUCCCAUAUCCUCUCUCUCUAUAUAUAAUAUCUCAAACUCUCUGAAUUAUACAAAUUCCAACAAAACCAUCAGUACGCCUGGUCAAAACCUCUCAAAGCUGUUUCCGGCAGCCUUGAAACACCGUAAGCCACAUGGAUUCUGCCGUGACCGACAACCAACCAGGACCAUGGACCGACGAGAAGCACCUGCACUACUUAAACUCCAUGGAAGCAGCCUUUGUCCGAACAAUGCUCGAAAACAGCAGCCAUCACCUCCGUCUCGACCGUCACAUGCCGGACAGUUCAGAGUCCACCCUCGAUUUGAAAUCAAAGAGACCUAAAAAUCGUUCCACUUCAGAUCAGUACAGCAGUGUUGAUUCAGCUGGAACAAGAAUAAUUGGCAGGAAUGAGCAGAGAACAAGAAGAUUUUCAUCUCAUAAUAAUCAAUCUCACCGCCAUCAUCCAUCUCAAGAUCAGGUGGUUCCACAUUUUGAGAAGAGAAGCGGUGAAAAAGAUGAAAGAAACCCAGACGAGAGAGAUGGUUUACCUUACAGUGCAAGCUAAUCUUGAAUAUUAUGGUAAUAGUGGUGUGGGUAGGGUAGCGUAUAUAGGAUAAUGUAAUUGAUUUGCUACAAAUUAGCAAAAUUUAAUGAAUGAGGGAAACUUUGCAUGUGUCGUGCAGAUGUGAUAUGAAGAUAUUUUAUUUUAUUAUC